AGGGUGAGAGUUCAGGGGACUCGGAUACUGCGGAAAUAGCGUUGUUUCAGCAGCGGAGGAGAGCAGCUGAAUAGAAGAAAGAUGAGUAAACCGGUCACUCCAACAUCUUACAUCCGCUGCUUGAACCACGGGCUCAUUCGAAAACUGUCUGACCUGCUAGACCCACAGGAUGCAUGGAAGAAAUUAGCAGUAGAUAUCCAAAAACCCACCGGAGAACCAAGAUACACCCAGUUGCACAUAAGGAGAUUUGAAGGUGUCAUUCGAAUGGGAAAGAGUCCUACUGAAGAACUCCUGUUCGAUUGGGGAACAACCAAUACCACAAUCCGAGAACUUGUAGAAAUACUGGUGCAAAAUAAUUUCUUAGCAGCAGCCAGCCUCUUGCUUCCAGAUGCAGUGCCAUCGCCCACACUUUCCUAUUCAUCAUCUGAGACCAUUGCCUUCCAAGAGACCAUGCCUGUCCCUGUGAAUGAAUGCCAACCAAUGUUGCUCGUCUCCAACAAUCAGCUCACCCAACAAUAUCCAGAAAACUGCACAGUGAAAGAGACUGAAUUACUGGUGAACAGUUCAAGUGAGAAAAAUUCAGCUCCUGAUUCUUUAAAAAACAGUCUCCAGAGUUUUGGAUUCCAAGAGUUGAAGCAGAAGACUGGUAAUUUUGACUGUCGCUCAGUGGCAGAAGGUGGCAGUAAGAUUGGAGAGGGAGGCUUUGGAACAGUCUACAGGGGCUGCAUAAACAACAGAAUGGUGGCUGUGAAAAAACUAACAGCAAUGCCUAAUGUCAGUAUUGAAGAGCUGAAGCUUCAAUUCAAUCAAGAAAUUAAGACUAUGGCAAAAUGUCAUCAUGAAAACCUGGUAGAAUUGUUUGGUUUCUCCAAUGAUGGAGAUCAUCUCUGCCUGGUGUACCCCUACAUGCCUAAUGGGUCACUGCUGGAUAAACUGGCCUGUCUGGGUGAUACUGCUCCACUUUCUUGGAGCAUAAGAUGCAGCAUUGCUCUUGGCACAUCCAAAGGCUUAAAGUAUUUGCAUGAAAAUGGUCAUAUUCACCGGGAUGUUAAAAGUGCAAAUAUCCUGUUGGAUGGUAUGUUUGUUCCUAAGCUUUCAGACUUUGGACUAGCUCGGGCUUCAGCACAAUUGUCACAGACUAUGUUAACUGAAAGAAUAGUUGGUACGACAGCGUAUAUGGCUCCAGAGGCAUUGCGUGGGGAGAUUACACCGAAAUCAGAUGUUUUUAGCUUUGGAGUGGUCUUGCUAGAAUUAAUAACAGGACUUAAACCAAUGGAAGAAAAUCGUGAACCACAACUGUUGCUUGAGAUAAAAGAAGAAAUUGAAGAUGAAGAAAAGACAAUAGAGGAUUACGCUGAUAAAAAGAUGGACUGGGACUCUGUGUCAGUUCAGAAAACCUAUUUAAUUGCAAGUCAGUGUCUGAAUGAAAAGAAGAAUAAGAGGCCAGACAUCAAAAAGGUGAAUGAAUCAUUGCAAGAGAUAUCUCUAAUUUCAUAAAAAAGAAGAAACUGGGAUCCAAGAUAUUGAAACUCAGCACAUUUUGUAUAUUUGCUACAUUGACAGUAUUUUUACUUAAGCUUGUUUUAUAAUAAUAAUCCUUGCAUUUGAUAUAACGCCUUAUGUCUUCGAGAUAUCCCAAAGCUUCACAGAAUAUACUGUGAAUUCACUUAUUUUACUUCACAGUAUUUGUAGGGGAAAUGCUUUUUGUAUGUCUAUCAAGCUUUGUAUGUAUUAUGUAUAUAAUAUACUGCAUACACAAACACACAAUGUUACAACUUUCAGAGCAUCAAUAAACUGCAAUCCCAAAACUCAGUUUAGAGUAUGGAUAUGCAAAAUUAGUUUAAUUGUGUUCUGGAACUUAGUGCACAUUGAAUCAAACUAGGCUACUUGUUGUAUUUGUAGUGUAACAAACAGAAAAUAGGCAGCCAUGACUUAUUAUACUAGAGGUCAGUGUUUCUGGAAAUUUAAUUUGAACCUGAUCAAUUUUCAGCCUUCUUAUAUGCAAAAUAUUGUAAACUGCACACAAUAUAAUUUCUUCUCCAGUCAUGCAAUUAUUUAAGAAAAAUCCUGUAAAUUAGAAUCAUAUUCCACAGACCAAUUAGUGCGAUGCCAUUAAGGUGUGUUUCCACUGUAUUUUCGAAACACAUGCCCACUCCUAACCAUUACAAG